AUGGACCUGACCGUCUCCUGGGCCGGGGUCGACGCAAGGAUCACCGAUGCUGCACGUGCGAGGAACAAGCAUCUCUUCCUCAUAUCGGCACCCAUCGCCACACAUGACCAAACAAAUUCUCCUCAUAAAACUGGUAAAUUGGUGCACAAAUAUUUAUCCACUUCCCAGGGCCCCACGCACUCUGCGCGGCACCGCGGCCUCAAAGACUAUGGCCCAAUCGCCAAGCCUGCUCCCGCCAUCGACCAUCGGCUGUGCCUCGGCGGCCUCGGGUGCGGGUGUCCGAACCGCAAUCUCCGCCACUCACCUGUUGCUGUGCGUGCUCUCGACCCACCGCAUAUACCCACAACCCGCGACCUUCCUGAAUGUGGUGGCGGCUUCUCUUCGGCGAAACAUCCCCCUUUACCCUACAACGCUUGCUUGUCGAUCGAAUGA